CUUUUUCGUAAAAACGGUAAAAUGCACUUUUCGUAAAAUCUGCAAAAACGCACUAUCCCGCCAAAACCGUAAAAACACAGUGUUCUGUCAAAAACUGUAAAAACACAGUGUUCUGUCAAAAACUGUAAAAACACAGUUUUCUGUUAAAAACUGCAAAAAUACAGUUUUCUGUCAAAAACUGCAAAAAUGCAGUUUUCUGCCAAAACUGUAAAAACGUAUGUUUCGCCAAAACCAUAAAACAUUAUUUCUCAUCAAAACCAUAGAAACACAUUUUCCAGCAAAAUCGUAAAAACGUUAUUUUCCCGCAAAAAAAAUGUAAAACAAAUCUAUUUUUAUCAUUUUAUUAACAAGUCUACUUCGAUGCAGAUGCAAGUUAAAAAAAAGAAACAAACAAACAUAGUUGUAUUCAGAUGAUUCAAUCUGGAUACAUAAACGAAAUACAAAAUCGAAUAACACAGAUAUAGCAUCUCGAUAGGAUAUCUAAAUGCAUUUUCCAGAUGUCCAAAAGAAGAUGUCCAAACGAGAAGCCCAAAGUAAAAUUGUAAAGUUUCAUCUUUUUGCGAAGGAAGUGAGCAAAAAAUGCAAAUCCGAGUCCAAAAAUAGGAGGCGUCGAUCUAGGAGGGGAAAGUAGCUGUGUGACCUACCUCUAGCUUAAAUAAAUAUAUCAUCUCUCUCUCUCUCCCUCCCGUUCCGUUCGCUUCACUUGACCCUUGACGUUGACGUACCAUUUUUUCCUCAAUGUUCUCUUCUCUUUUUUCACUCCUCUCUCUCUCUCAUGAAUUAUUUAUUUUUGCAAUUUGGCAAUAUCAAAAACAAAUUAAAAAUAAAAAAAAUCUCUUAAGACAGAGUCUGAUCGGUGUUUGAUAAGACACUGACAGCACUUUAACGGGAUUCUUCAAAAGUUCUACUCUUCUCUUUUCUUUUGCUUUCUUUCUCUUCCAAUCGCAAAUAAACCCUAGCUUUAUCUUUCUUUCUCUUUUUUUCUCUCUCUCAAGAUUGUAUCAUGAACGAUCCUAAAGAUCCCGAUCUGAGCGACGACUCAGCUUGGAGAGAACUCACAGCUUCAGAUUCUGACUUCUUCUACAGAGACACUUCCACCAUCCUCUCUGAGUUCGCCUGGAACCUCCACGCUUCCUCUAGCUUUACACAAACCGCCGGUGUCCCAUCUUCCAUCACCACCACCACCUCAAAGACUGAUCAGCCCAUUCCAACAUCUUCCGGUUCCUCAUCAGCCGCCGCUUCUGUUACCGUUACAGAGGUUUCAACUAACAUCAACAAUCCUUCGACCGCCACCUCUAGCUCAAGCGAAGAUCCAACUGAAAGCUCAACCGCCUCCGCCGCGAAAACACCGGAGACACCAAAGAAGGAGAAGAAGAAGGCGCAAAAGCAAAUCAGGCAACAAAGAUUCGCAUUCAUGACCAAGAGUGAUGUAGAUAAUCUUGAAGAUGGAUAUCGUUGGCGUAAAUAUGGACAGAAAGCUGUCAAGAAUAGCUCAUUCCCUAGGAGCUACUAUAGAUGCACGAACAGCAGAUGCACGGUGAAGAAGAGAGUGGAACGAUCAUCUGAAGAUCCAUCGAUAGUGAUCACAACAUACGAAGGACAACAUUGCCACCAAACCGUUGGAUUCCCUCGAGGCGGAAUCUUCCCAGCUCACGACCCUCAUAAUUUCACAUCCCAUCAUCAUCUCCCUCCUCCAUUGCCAAAUCCUUAUUAUUACCAAGAACUCCUUCAUCAACUUCACAGUGAAAAUACUUCUUCACUGCAAUUACCUCAAUCUACUACUGAAGACGGACAUGUUGCAGUGUCGUCUAUUAAUCAACCAGAAGAAGGUUUACUUGGUGAUAUUGUACCUCAAACCAUGCGCAAUCCUUGAGGUACCAUCAGCAAAUCAUCAUAACCUUGAAAAAAAAAAGCUAAGGAGGUGCUAACUCAUUGUGGAGAUAUGCGGCCGCAAGGGGCUGUAACUUGUAAGCAUAUAUCUCUUUAUAUUAUUUCAAUUUUGAUCAAAGGCGUCUCACCACCGCUAAAAUUGCAAUGUCGUAAGGUCUAUACAUAGUACAUAUAUAUGAAUGUAUACAGUAUAAUUUUGAUGUAACUCAACUUUAAUAUAUCUACUGACUUAUGUGCCAACGUAGAGCAUGUAUGUGCAUU